AUGGCGGCGGUGUGGAAGUGGAAGCAUCCCGUCCUCCUCCUCCUCCUCCUCGUCAUGACGCGCCCGGCGGUGGCCGAGGACGGUGGCGCCAACGCCACGGCGGCGUGCCCGCUCGACCUUGGCUACGUGGCCACGCUCCCGUGGGACCGCGCGCCGUGCGAGCCGCCCGUGGCCAACGGCACGGCCUGCUGCACGACGCUCCUCUCGGUGCUCGGCGUGGGCCUCGCGUCGCGGCUCCGCGCCUCUGGCCGCUUCCGCCUCCCGUCCGCGCGGGCCUCGGCGGCCUGCCUCCGCGCCUUCUCCGCCGCGCUUGCCGCGCCGCCGCUCUCGCUGCCGGCCUCCCUCGUGCCGGGCUGCUUCCCGGUCCAGUCCCAGUUCGCCAUCUCCCCGGACUACUGCGCCGGGGUCACCACCGCCGCGGAGUUCGUCGCGGUCGCCGGCAACGCCUCCGUCGCCGGCCUCAACGCCUCCUGCGGCGCCGACGUCACCUCGAUGUCGCUCUGCAACAGCUGCCUCGCCGCCGGGAUCGACGCCUCGGCGCGCCUCACCGAAGCAGCCGGCAACGGAUCCAAGUCCCAAAACUGCUUCUACCUCACCGUGCUCUACGCAGCCGGGAUCUCCAGCUCCGCCGGCCCCGACUCCCCCGUCACUGCGGCGUGUGCCCUCGGCCUCGCUCUCUCCACGCCUUCCCCCGCCACCUCGUCGCCAACCUCUAGCUCCGCCAGCCACACCAACAUCGCAGUCGCCGCCACCAUCCCGAUCGCCUCGCUCCUGCUCGUCUCCCUCGUCGCCCUCCUCGUCUGGAGGAACAGACAGGAGCACACCAAGGACAGGAGCAUCCAAAUCUUGGAGGAGCGGCGUUCGAUCCCGCGGCCAAACACCGGCUCCGCUGGCCGGCCGGGGGAUGUCCUCGCGGAGGCGCUGCGGAAGGAGCCGAGCACCAGCGUGGCGGCCAUGGAGAGGUACGUGCUUGUCGGGAUCCUGUGUGCCCACGUCACGGUGGCGUUCCGCCCGAGCAUGCCGGAGGCACUGAGGAUGCUGGAGGGGGAUAUGGACGUGCCCGACCUGCCGGACCGACCACAGCCGUUCGGACAGAGGAUUGCGUUCGACGAAGGCGAAACCAAUUUCAGCGCUUCAUCGAUUCUGAGCGGCGGCGGCCCACUCGUGGACUUUGGAGACAUGCUCAGGUGA